AUGGUAACCCUGGUCCCAGGCAGAGUCCUCCGCACCCAGGACGCCUACGUGAGCAGCGAGGCGGCCCCGUCCUGGGCCUCCGCACCCUUCGAGGGCGGCGUUCUGCACAGCCUGCAGGGCCGCCAGGCCGGCCUCCCUGGCCGCAGAGCCACCUUGGUGCCUGACUUCUCGGAGGAGUUCCCUGGCGAGGGGCGAGAGUGCGUCAACUGUGGGGCCCUGUCCACGCCACUGUGGCGCCGAGAUGGCACCGGCCACUACCUGUGCAACGCCUGCGGCCUCUACCACAAGAUGAACGGAGUCAACCGGCCGCUCGUGCGGCCCCAGAAGCGCCUGUCCUCCACCCGCCGCGCCGGCCUCUGCUGCACCAACUGCCGCACGACCACCACCACGCUGUGGCGGCGCAAUGCAGACGGCGAGCCCGUGUGCAACGCCUGUGGGCUCUACACAAAGCUGCAUGGGGUGCCCCGGCCCCUGGCAAUGAAGAAGGAAAGCAUCCAGACUCGGAAACGGAAGCCUAAGAAUGUCACCAAGACCAAGGGCUCCUCAGGGUGCACAGGGAAUACCACAGCCUCCCAGCCAUCCUCUGUCCCCAAACCUGAGAGCUCAGCUGCCACUCUGAAACCCAAGCCCAGCCUGGCAUCCCCUACUUGCGCUGGGCCCAGUGUCACCUCCCAGGUCUCCAGCCAGGCGGAUGACUCCCUGGCCUCCAGCCACUUGGAGUUCAAAUUUGAGCCCGAGGACUUCGCCCUCCCCUCCAUGGCCCUGGGCUCCCAGGCUGGCCUCGGAGGGCCCUUGCGCCAGGAGGCCUGGUGUGCCCUGGCCUUGGCCUAG